AAGCACAGCAGAGCGGCCCCUGCACAGCAGCAGCCUGGGAGUGUCUCUGAAGAUGAAGCUCUUCCCACAGACGGAGGACAGCACAGGCAGCAGGGCCAUGGAGCGCCCCUCAACUUCUCCCCACUGGGGGUGCACUCCCUGGCAGGAGCUCCUGCUGGCAGUCUCACUUUUAACCUUCUGGCACCUGCCCAUCACUGCCCAACUCACUAUCAAAUCGGAGCCGUUCAAUGCCACCCAAGGGAAGGAUGUUCUACUAAGUGUUUACAAUGUGCCAGUGGAUGUUAGUGGGUACCAAUGGUACAGAGGGGAAAGGGUGGACAGGAGCCAACUAAUUUUACAAUAUGAGACGAAUUCUCAAAGAGUCACUGAAGGACCUCAAUAUAGCGGUCGAAAGGAAAUAUUCUCCAAUGGAUCCCUGCUCCUCCGUAAUGUCCGCCAAGAAGACUCGGGAUUCUACACCAUACAUACUAUAACAGGCAUUGAAACUGACCAAGCAUCUGGACAAUUCCGCGUAUUCUCGGAAUUACCCAAACCCUUCAUCACUAGCAACAACUCCCACCCCAUGGAGGACAAGGACUCUGUAAAACUCGCCUGUGAGCCUGAGACUCCGGACACAACCUACCGCUGGUGGAUAAAUGGUAUGAGCCUCCCGGACAGUGACAGGAUAGUGCUGACCAAGGACAACAGGACUCUCACUUUACUCAGUGUCACAAGGACCAACAAAGGACCCUAUGGGUGUGAAACUCAGAACCCAGUGAGCACCGGCCGCAGUGACCCCAUCACUCUGGAUAUCUCCUAUGGCCCGGACCCUCCCACCAUUUCUCCCCCAGACUCGAAUUAUCCUCCAGGAUCAAACCUCAGCCUCUCCUGCCACGCAGCCUCUAAACCACCUGCACAGUAUUUUUGGUUUCUCCCCAGGAGACCCCAGCAAUCCACACAAGUGCUCUUUAUUCCAAAUAUCCAUAAACAUGAUGGUGGAUCCUACAUCUGCCUCGCCCGUAACUCAGCCACCAACCUCAGUAGAGCCACGAUCAAGAAUAUCGUAGUCAUUGCAGAAGAAAUUGCCCAAGGCCUACCUGUGGGGGCCAUUGCUGGCGCUGUGACCGCGGCACUGUUUGGGGUGGCUCUGGUGGCCACCCUGGGGUAUUUCCUCUUCCGCACAAGGACUGGCAGGUCCAGUGUCCAGGGUGACCUCAGGGAGCACCAGCCCCCGGUGUCCACUCCCGGCCAUGGUCCCUCUGACAGCUCCUCCUUCCAGGCUCAGAGGCUGCUGCUCAGGAGACAGCCUGUCACUCCUGACGGGAAAUGACCAAAAGGAGAGGCAGGCGGGGAAGA